CCCCGCACUUGAAAAGCUCCUUUGCCUUUCCGUACCGCCGGCUCCUUUCGGCCAAGAAAAGCCUCGACUCCUCCUCCACCCCCUCGCUGGCCUACGUUGAGGACUUGGGGGCGGCGCGACAGCCCCCCUCUCUCUGCCGCUUGAAAGACAUGGCGGGCGGCGCUGCUGCCCCGCUUCGGGUGCUGGUGGACAUGGAUGGAGUCUUGAGCGAUUUCGAGGGCGGGCUGCUGCGCGGCUUUGUCGCUUCCUACCCCGGGGAGCCCCACGUGGAACUGGCGCAGCGAAAGGGCUUUUCAGCGCUGGAUCAGUACCGGAGCCUGCGGGAAGACUUGGGGGAGAAAAUAGCCAGUGUCUACGAGUCACCUGGCUUCUUUCUGAGUCUGCAGCCCAUCCCAGGAGCUACUGAAGCAAUGCAUGAGAUGAUUCAAAUGCCCAACACUGAAGUUUUUAUUUGCACAAGUCCUAUACGGAAAUAUGAAUACUGUGUAGCAGAAAAGUACAGAUGGGUUGCUAAGCACUUGGGUCCUCAAUUUGUGGAGCGACUAAUUCUGACCAGAGAUAAGACAGUUGUUUCAGCUGAUCUGCUCUUUGAUGACAAGGACACCAUUAAAGGGGUGGAGCCAAAUCCAAGCUGGGAGCACAUCUUGUUCUCUUGCUGUCACAACAAACAUCUAAAGCUACAGCCAUCGCAGAGACGGCUUGAAUCUUGGGCUGAUGACUGGAAGGCAAUACUGGAGAGCAAACGCUCCAAGUAAUACAUAAAGGGAAGAACAUUU